AUGCGUUAUUCUGGGAAAACUUUACUACUAAUCAUUGCACGUAUCUCGCAUGCUUUCGAAGACAGUUCGUCAUUAUCGAGUGGAAUAUCCGAAAAUUUUGACGAUAUUUCGACGGACGAUCUAACAGCAAGGUUGAUUUUGCCUAUUUCAAUUUUAAAAACAGUUUGCUAUUUAGCAGGUUUAUCUCUUGAGUGUCUGUUGACUUCGUUGUCGGAUCAUCCAAUGACUGCGGCUGCCGCGUAUGGAAAGCUAGACGAUUACCAGCGUUAUAUCGGUCGCCAGUUGCCGCCAAAAAGAAGCUUAAGUGCUAAUCAGGGGAGUAGUGCCUUACAUCUUCACCAGCGCCGUCUUCAUGAGCAAGAAAAUAUUGAUCAACUGCUACAGAAGUGUAGGACUAGUCAGAGGGGUCUUGCGUGCAAUAUUCAGCAGGUUCGUUACGUUGAUGAUGGGCAGGAUCGCGUAUUUCGAACUGUAGAUGCUUCACGCCAUCAGAUUCCUCAUAUAGCACUUAGCGAGGAUGGCGAUACUCUUUGUGUCAGGGGUGGCCCAGCACGGUCAUCUCAUCGUGUUUCUUCCAAACAGGAUCAUCAGGUCCAAGCAGGACCAGGCCUAGCGGCGAUGGCUGGUUAUCAUUCUCUGGAUAGGAAAGCUCACUUAUUAGGUUGUUACCGUAGUGGUGAUGAAACUUCAUACAGGCUGGUUUUUAUAGUGUUAAAUGCUUUUGAUGAUGAUGCAACUGCCGCGACCUUGGCUAUGGUUAGCCCCAGAAGAAUCCCCAGUCGUCAGCAACUAUCGCUUGUUCAUCCAUCUACAGAAAAUAGGCACAGUGUAGCAGCUCAACGCACUGUUUUGCUUUCAUCCUCCGGAAUGUCACGCUCGGUAGUUCUUGGAAACACAGCAGCCAGCGAGGUUUGCCAGAACUUGUCGCAGCCGGCUGCUCCAGACGACGCAGUUCUUUCCAAUUUUGGUAAAUUGCAGAGUGCUUCAAAGCUUGUUCCAAGAAGAAUUCCACUUACAAUUGCUGCUCAACCGUCUACAUCAAUCGAUACAACAAAGAAUCAAAAAACUGGCACUUCAGCUUCUGUUCGAAAAACACCUGUAGAAAAUAUAUAUGCCAGUUUUUCCCACCGUGACCAGAGCUUGCAAUUACACAAACUUUCAGAUGAUUCAACAGUUCGAACUCUUCAAAUGAAAUCAUCACGUUAUGCCGAAUCUGGUUACUUAUCGUCUGCUUCUAAAACUUCUCCCAGUAGUUCAGCCGAGGCAACUGGCUCUCACCUCUCUCUUGCAUCGUCGUCGGGGUGCACUUGUUCUACCGUAGAAGAGAGGUAUGAAGCUGAAAUACGGAAAUUGAAUAAAGAAGUGGAGUCCUAUCGUGCUACAAUAACUAAACUUACUGCUAAACACGAUGGUUAUAAUCAACUAAUUCAAGUCUUUGAAAAUAAACUUAAUUUGAUGGCAAAGCAUUUGGAGGGUUUAAAUGGCAAAUCACAGUUGAAAAAGGAAGAGGUGACUAAACUGCGCGCUGAAAUUGACAGUUUACGCGUAAUGAGCUUCAACUCUGGUGUUCGUGUACCACCGAAUACGGUUACCAACAGCCAAUUGAAAGCAUCCCUUACUCAAGCACAUGAUGGAGCUGGAGAGUUGUUGAAACAGCCGUCACUAGAAAGUGUGAACAGCCAUCGUUCGUCAAUGAGCUCGUCUAGCAAGGGCAGCAAAACCGAUAAAACCAGCUUGAAUAGUUUUGGGAAACAGGGGAAAAAGAGCUGGGGAACUAAUGUGGAUUUCCAGAUCCGAAGUUCGUUUACUCGUGCGUUUACAAAAAAUAAAAAGGUCAAGAAUGGGUCUGUGUCAGAUGUGGAACAGUCACCUAUUCAUGGAUCAGGGAUUUCCAUGGCUUUAAAAUCAAUCUCGGGAAGCACUAACAAGUUAGAUGAAAUUGAAUCGGUUCCUCAAGUUGUAGAAUUGAAAAAACAGCUUGAAGACAGGGAUUCUGCACUGACUGAUGUGAGGCUUGAUGCGUUAGACAAAGCGAGAGAAGUUGACAUACUGAAGGAAACGAUCAACCGGCUAAAGGCAAGCUCUAGUUCUAGAUACUUAUCUACCUUUAGACGUAUCAGGAGUGAGAGUCGGGCAAGCUCCCAACAGUCCCUGCCAGCUUUGCCGGAUGACGAUCCUGUUUAUGAACUACCGCCGACUAGUGACUCCCUUACAGUUGCGACAAACAGAACCUCAAACAGCUGGAAUGCUCCUUUGCUCAAGGUCACUGUUAGUGUAGAUUACAGUGGCGUUUUCCCAGCUGCGAAUUCGGCAGGCGAAAUUUCCAUUGGUGGUGUGCCUCUUCCAAACUAUCAGACAACUUGGCAGCAGUUUGAUGCGCAACUUUUCCGGCUGUUCAAUGAGUACAUUAACCGUAUCGACCCGAAUGGUGCUCUCGGUUUGCAUCACAAGGAUUCCGUAAUCGGUUAUGAAUGUGGUGAUUUUGUGCGUGAUAUACUUUCUAAUUCUGCCCCUUCUCCGUUACCUGCAGAUAUUGUGACGCAAAAUACCAACAUACGAAUGUAUUUAAGAGGAGCUAGUCAGCGAGGUCUUGAUGGACUUAUUCUUGAAUGUUUAUUUCCGAGAGCAAUGAUUGAUCAGCUACUGACAAUACUUUUAAAAAGCCGUCGGUUAGUUCUGUUUGGCGCUACCGGAAUUGGAAAGUCAAAUCUUGCCAGACAACUGGCAAGGUACCUGAGCAUCCGAAUCGGAGCGUCGUCGCAAGAUGCAAUUGUUGAUGUUAAGAUAGGCGAAGAUGAACAUGAUAAAGCAAUGGCUAAGGUUCAAAAACAGUUGGAGUCCCUGUUGCGACAGUCAAAAAUGACGAUUAUUUUGAUUGAUAACAUCCAACGUCACAAAAUAGCUUUUCUGAGUUCUACAUUUAGCAGUGUAGAAACUCCUGCGAAUGAGGGACCGUAUAUUAUUUGCACUGUUAAUCGUGCAUCUCAGUUGCCAGAAAUGCAGGUACAUCACGAUUUUCGCAUGUUCCUCUUGCCGAACAACAUGGAUGCUAUAAAAGGUUAUAUGGGUCGGUUUUUACGAAGACGGAUUUUGGAAUGUGAAUUUAGGGAUUAUGAGCGACCGUCUGCAGAAAUACACAGGAUUGUUGAUUUCCUUCCCAACGUUUUGGCUGCUGUUAAUGCGUUCAUCGAGAAAUCUAAUUCGAGGGAUGUAACAAUUGGAUCGCGAGUCUUUCUUCAAUGUCCACUAAAUGCUGAUAAGUCUCGGGAAUGGUUUAUAAAGUUGUGGAACCAAAUGAUUAUACCUUACAUGGUAAAAGUGGCAAAAGAAGGAGUAAAAGUCUUAGGAAGAUGUGGUAGUUUUGAAGACCCAACCGAUUUGGUAUGUGAGCAGUGGCCAUGGCUCAAUGGCCCUCCAGCUGAGCAGGUGCUUCAGCGGUUGUCAAUUAAGGAAAGCAUUUCAAAUCAAUUUCCUACAACUCAGUUUGACCCAUUAGAGGCAUUAAUGCGCAUACAGUCGAAUAAUUCAAACCCUCAACAGGAGGUCGCCUAA